AUGCUAAGACUAAUUUUGAGACACAGCGAACAUUUCCAGGGAACAGUGACCGUCAUCGUGGGAAGAGAGAAGAAAGCAUAUAUCUUGCACAAAGACCUUCUCUGCUUCUAUUCUGACUACUUCCGUGCCGCGUUCAAGGGAUACUUCAAGGAAGCUGCAGAAAGCAAGAUCGAAUUCUUCGACGAGGAGACCGAUCUGUUCGACGCAUAUCAGGUCUGGCUGUAUACGCGCGAGCUUCCAGGACCCAGUGGCGACAGGGAGAAUUUACACUUCCUUGUAGACAUGUGGUAUUUCGGUGACCAAUACCAAACCCCUCUCCUUCAGAACCAAGCCAUAGACAAGAUCUUUGCCAGGCUCGCAAAGUCCAACUAUUUCGACCCCGAUAUGGUACCUGUAAUCUAUGCAGCCACCAUGGCAGGAUCGCCCUUGCGUAAGGCAGUCAUCGAAAUCGUCGCUUGCACCAUAGACUUCGAGAAAUGGUCUCCUUCCACAACAGGCUGGACAAUUGAAUGUCUCUCGGAUCUUGUGCUAGCGAUGAACCAGGCCCGUUUGAGUACAGAUGUUACUUUUCCUGAUUUACCGAAGAGAGAUAAGUGCUUCUUUCAUGUCCAUGGAAAGAACGAGCAUUGUUGA